CUUCAAGUUUUCAGAUAUACAGAGAGAGAGAGAAAACCAGAAAGAGAAAAAGAUCAGACAGAGAGAAAUUAAAACAAUGGUUCCCAGGGAGCAAAAGAGAACCACCCUGCAUGAGAAGCUUCAACUCCUCCGAUCCGUCACCAACUCUCACGCUGUGAGUGAAACAUCAAUCAUAGUAGAUGCAUCAAAGUACAUCCAAGAACUAAAGCAAAAGGUGGAAAUAGCAAACCAAGAAUUGGCAGCUUCCCAGAUUUCUUCAUCAUCAUGUCCCAAAUUUUCAGUGGAAACCCUAGAAAAGGGUUUCUUGGUGAAAGUAUAUUCAGAAAGAAGCUGUCCUGGCUUGCUUGUUGCCUUACUUGAAGCUUUUGAGGAGCUUGGCCUGAAUGUCCUCGAAGCUAGGGUUUCUUGUACAGACAACUUCCAUCUCCAAGCAUUUGGAGGAGAGAAUGACGAGAAUGAAGAUGGGAUAAGUAGCGGAGUGGUGAUAGAAGCGGUUUCGGAAGCAAUCAAGAAUUGGAGUGAGGGCAAUGAUCAUCAAGACUAAAUUGAUGAUAUAUUAUUGUGCUUUCUUUCUUGGGGUUCUCCACUUCAUUUUGUAGGUAGCUAGGUUAGUCAUGAAUGGGUAAUUUGCAACAUGAAUCAUGGUAAUCAACAACUUAUAUGUACGUACUAAAUUGUCAAUUGAUGAUCGAAGAUCAUGAAUUUUGGAGAUGCAUUGCAUGCUCAAUUAGCUAGUGGGGAAUCAAGUGAUGAUUAAAAAAAAAAUCUAGAAAUUGUAAGUCUUUUGAUCACGUCAAAUGUAAAAUAAAAAAUAUUAAUUUGAUAUUU